UUAAAUAAGCUGAACAUUUCUGAAAUAUUUUGUACCUUUUGCUGAACGAUUGCUGUCAAUUCAUAAUGAUAAAUUCUAUUUAAAUUUGUAUAUAAACACAAGUUGUAAUUUACUUUAAUUAUUAUUACAGUAAUUGGCGUUAACUCAAGAAGAAGAACAAACGUUUAAUUAAACAGCAAAACCCAAAAACUCAAAAAUAAAAUGAUUUUGAGUGAGUUUAUCAUCAUAUCAACAUUAAUUGUUGGUACCUAUGCACAAAAUACUCGGCCGAUACAUCCAUGUAAAAGAGAAUGCGAUGGUACUUCAAUGACAUGUAAAUACCAUUUCCAAGUUGAAACUUACUACAUCCUGGACGCUAUGGCAUGUUAUAGCUGUCCUGACGUCGUGAAAGACUGUUAUCGACGAGAUUGCAUCGUCGCUGGCGGAAUUAAACGGAAUAUUAUUACAGUAAACCGUCAAUUUCCAGGUCCCCCUAUAGAGGUGUGUUUAAACGAUACAAUAGAAGUCCUCUUGGAAAAUAUCAUGAUGAAUGAUGAAUCCACAACGAUUCAUUGGCAUGGUCAAACUGUAAAAGAAAAUCCUUACAUGGAUGGCGUACCCUUUGUGACGCAAUGUCCUGUGUUAUCCAAUAAUAAUUUUACCUAUCGUCUGCAAGCUGCUGUGGCAGGAACACAUUUUUGGCAUUCGCAUGAAAAAAUGCAAAGAGGUGAUGGUAUGUUUGGUAUGUUAAUUGUAAACGUACCAAAAGCUAAAGACCCUCAUGCUAGUUUAUAUGAUGAGGAUUUAACACAACAUCAAGUUUCGAUUACUGAUUGGACUAGGAAGACUCGAAUUGAAUCUUAUGGUGAUUUUGUGCAUGGUGGCAACCUCCCGGCACCAGAUGGCAUUCUUAUUAAUGGACUUGGAUACAUGGAUUUUGUUAAUGUAGAUGAUAGGCUACCCAUUGCAGAGUUUACUGUUGAGAAAGGUAAACGUUACAGAUUCAGAUUUGUUAAUGCUGAAUUCUUUGAUUGUCCAUUCACUGUAAGUUUUGACAACCACAAACUUACUGUUAUCAGUAGUGAUGGGCAUGAUGUUCAACCACAAGCGGUGGAUUACUUCAAUAUAUUCGCUGGUGAACGUUACGAUGUAAUCCUGGAAGCAAAUCAAACCGAGGAUGCUUAUUGGAUGCGUGUCAAAGGUUUAGAAAUGUGUGACGUUGAAGGUUUAUUCCAAGUUGCCAUCUUGAAAUAUGCAAAUUCACCUAAUGAUCGACCAACCACGGCAAUUCCAAAUUAUGAAAAUGCUGCACCAAACACAGGCUUACUUUUAAAUCCUCUCCUUGGAGAUGAACCUGGAACACUUCUUGUUAAUCAAUUGAAAGCUUAUGAACCAAUGGAAGACGAGUUAAAAACCCGAAAUGUUGUUCGGAGAUACAUCAAGUUAUCCUUUAAUCCGGUGGAGAAUCCAACUUCUUACAGGUAUCCCUAUUAUGGAUUUUAUAAUGUUUCUGAAUCUUUGAGAAUAGUUACUCCGGAAAUGAACGAUAUCGGAUACAAAGACUCUCGGUUUCCGUUAUUGUCAGAAAGGUAUUCGUUCUCUAAGAAAGAUUUUUGUAAUAAUGAAACUGCGUCUGCGAAUAAGAAUUGUACCAAAGAGUAUUGCCAUUGCACACAUGUUGUUGAAUUGCCGAUAAAUAAAGUGGUGGAACUUGUGAUUUAUGACAAUGGUGUUCGUCAAGCUCAUCAUCCUAUGCAUCUGCAUGGUUUUGGUUUUCGUGUCGUGGCAUGGAAACGCCUUGGAAAUUUAACUUCGCGAGCAGAUAUUGAAAGCUUAGAUAAACGCGGUUUGAUCACCAGAAAUUUAAAGGAUCCUAUCAAGAAGGACACUAUUCCUGUUCCACGUGGAGGCUAUGCUAUUGUUAGAUUUAAGACUGAUAAUCCAGGUUUUUGGAUUUUCCAUUGUCACGUUGAUAUCCACGCCGAUGAUGGUAUGCGAAUGGUUUUCAAAGUUGGCUCCAAUCAAGACAUGAAACCUGUGCCACAAGAUUUUCCAAAAUGUCGCAGUUAUGAGAACGCAAAAGUUCAAUCAAGAAUUGCUCGUAGAAAGGGACAUGAAUUGUUGUAAAAAACAAAUUAUAAAAUGUUUAAUUGCAAAGAUUGUUUAUAUUAAACAUUUAGAAUUAAUAAUUUAGGAUUUAUUUGUUGGCAAAUAUAUUACUUUAUCAAAGAAUAUCAAA